UACUUAUUUAUGUUGUUUAUUCUGUUUCCCCUGGUGUCCCUGCCGUGAGGGCAGGAUUGUCUUUGGUUUGUUCACAGCCGUAUCGCAGUAGGUGCUCAGUAGAUUUGGUUGGAUAAUGAACGGAUACCCCUGAUCAGAUAUCUGCCAGACUCCGGUGCCCACGUCUGAGAUGCUGAGAGAAGGGGGGCAGUGAGUCACUUCUCUGGAUUGAGCAUUGCUGGCUCCCGCUGCUAUGCCCUCUGAGGCCUCUGCAGCCCUAUCUGUCACCCCCAGCUCCCUGCAAAAUCAUCAGUGGUCCUGAGACGGCCUGACAGGGGCACGGAUAGUGGGUGGCAGGGUGGGCAGCCUAUCCAUCUCCUGCCCCGGUGAAGAGAUGCCCAGCCACGAUGCCUGGCAUAGGUCUGGCAUACCGUGGGCACAAUGAAUAUUCUGUUUGAAUGAAUAUUGAAUCAUACCAAGGUCUCCACUCCUUGGGAACUGGGGAGCCGGUCUGUGGGGCCCUUUUCCAGGACUUGUGCCAGGAAGUCUUCACUGGCUUUUCUGGACUUCCCCUGGUUCUUCCCGGGCCCUUCCCCUUGGGGCUAUCUUCCUGGCCACCCCAUCACGAAGACGGAAACAUCUUGGGGCACAUGCCUGCCCCUUGGAUCACCUGGGAAGUGAUCCAGGUGGCAUGAAUGGCACACAGAGCUGGAACACAGAGGAACUGGAGAGGCAAGAGGCUGAAGCAGUCGGUCCCCAGUGGAAUUCUCCAGACUCACUUCUUCCUCAUUUGUUUAUUCAUUCAACAAAUAUCCAUCGAGACCCAGUGUGCACCAGGUACCAACCUAGAUCCCGAGGAUCCAUGGGGAACCUCCUCACCGUCCCUCUCCUCUGAGAGUCGCAGCACACAGCACCCACCCUCAGGAUGGCCCUCCAGGGUCCACGCCUACAGCCCCCUCCUUCCCUGACACUCCUACCCCAGUCCCAGGCCUCUGUGCCCAUCCCCCCAUGACCCCUUGCGGUCAUUACUUGCUUACUGCCUCCCACCCCUGGGGAGAUGUGUGCUGUCUAAGGAUAGGACAUGUGUCUUAUUCAUUAUCGUGUCCCAGUGCCCAGCACAGGACCUGGCAUACAGCCGGUGCCCAAUAAGUGCUUGUAGGGUGAGCUGGGGAGGCCAACUGCCUUAGAUUCAGGAAGGGAGUGGGUUGGAAGAGCAUGAGGGGCAAGGCCAGCCACAGGGCACAGAGGUGGACCCAGGACAGACAGUAGGUGGGGGAGGGCAGUGGCGGGGAGCCCCCUUCCCCCACCCUGCUGGCAUUUCUGCUCGACUGCUGCUGGGGCCCCACUGGAGGUGCCCCUCACCUUAGCCACUCUGUUUCCCAGCAGUCUCCCCACCCCCAGUCCUGGGACAGAGGUGAAUGCGUCAGCUAGGAGCUGUUCACGCUCCUGCGCCCCACCCUUGCCUUGUCUUUGGGUGGAGUGGGGCAGGGGCCUCCACGCAGCAGGAGGGCACCUCUGGCCUGCGGUUUAAUCCUGAGUUGCCUCCUGCCCCUCCAACCCAAGCAGGGGCCAGUAAAACACAUCAAUGAUCCUUUUUGGUAUCGAUGAUCUCCAGGUGAGUCUCACAGACUCUUGGAACCCCUAACAGCCUGAGGAGGUGGACAGCAGGAGGGGAGUCCACCCCUGGGCAGGCUCUGGGGGCAGAACGUGUGUUGGCUAAGCUGUGGGGCUUAGGAGAAGCUGUGGUAGGCGGUCUGCCCACAAAGGACACGGGCUGUGGUGGCAGCCCCUCCCAAUGCCCCGAGCCACCCACCGGGCCCUCACUCCCUCUCUGUGACCUCGGGCUUCCCCCCCAACUGGUCCCCAUCCCCAGCCUCUGUAGGGUUAACUCCAUCAUUUCCUUCAGCCUCCCUUUCAAGGUCCUCCUUUCUGGGCAGCCCUCACUGGCGGCCCCCGCCCCCCGCCGGCAUCAGGUGCCUCCCCUGGGCUCCCACCCACCCAGCACUUUUGACCCCAGGAGGCGGGUCACCAUCCGUCUGCUGCUGGGCUCCCUCAGGGCUCCAAGAGUCCAGUUGGCCCUUCUCUAGAAUUGGGGUUCACAUCUGGGCUCCUCCCCUCACCAGCUGCGGGACCUUGUGUAAGUCACUCACCUCCCUAAGUGGCCUCAGUUUGCUCAUCUGCAGAAUGGGAAUAAUAAUAAGGGACUUUGCAGACUGAAUGAGGUGGUGCCUGGCUCACUACGCACACCGUAACUGCUGUUAUGUCCAUGCCCCUCCCCAGGCAUAUCGAGGGCCAUCGCAAGUUUUGUUGAUCAAAUGACUGAAGGACAAAGAUACACAGUCUCUCUCAGAAGAAGCCUGACUCCUCCUGCUCAGAGCACGGGUGUCUGGAGUGUGGGGUACUGAGUCACGGAAGACCUGACUGCAGGGAUAAAACCCGGGGUGGCCUGCAGGGAAUCCAAGCUCUCCUGUCGGCAGUGGCCAUGGUGGUUCCCGAGACUCUCCCUGCCCUGGGGAGGCACUACCUCAGCAUUGUAACCUCCCUGCUGCUUCUGGCUGCUCCAGCCACCCUAGCUGCUGCCAAGACAGCUGGUCCCCCAGCCUGUGGAAAGCCCCAACGCCUGAACCGAAUCGUGGGUGGUGAGGACAGCACCGAUGCUGAGUGGCCCUGGCUUGUGAGCAUCCAGAAGAAUGGCACCCACCACUGUGCAGGCUCCCUGCUCACCAACCGCUGGGUGGUCACGGCCGCCCACUGCUUCAAGGGCCAUCCGAACAAACCAGCCCUGUUCUCUGUGCUGCUGGGGGCCUGGCAGCUGGGGAACCCCGGCCCGAGGUCCCAGGAGGUGGGUAUUGCCUGGGUGAAGCUCCACCCUGCGUACUCCUGGAAGAAAGGCGCCCGUGCUGACAUCGCCUUGGUGCACCUGGAGCACGCCAUCCAGUUCUCUGAACGCAUCCUGCCCAUCUGCCUGCCUGAUUCCUCCGUCCAUCUCCUUCCGGACACCAACUGCUGGGUUGCUGGCUGGGGGAGCAUCCACGAUGGAGUGCCCCUGCCCGACCCUCGGACCCUCCAGAAGCUAAAGGUUCCCAUCAUCGACUCAGCAGUCUGCAGCCGCCUGUACUGGCGGGGAGCCGGGCAGGGCGCCAUUACGGAGGACAUGCUAUGCGCUGGCUACCUGGAGGGGGAGCGGGACGCCUGUCUGGGCGACUCCGGAGGCCCCCUGAUGUGCCAGGUCGAGCGCACCUGGCUGCUGGCGGGCGUCAUCAGCUGGGGCGAGGGCUGUGCGGAGCGCAACCGGCCUGGCGUCUACAUCAGCCUAGCCGCCCACCGCUCCUGGGUACAGAAGAUCGUGCAAGGGGUGCAGCUCCGCGGGCACUCGCAGGGUAGCGGGCCCACAGGACGCCGGGGACGGGCUCUGGGGGCGCGGCGAGCUCGCAGGGCCGCCCGGGGCCGCGGGGUUUAGGGAUCUGGGGAGACCGCGUGCUGUUUCCUCCGUUGUAAAUAAGCGGUCUACCUCUGGGAGCGCCCGAGUGCCGGCGCCGGAUCUCCUCCGCGGGGAGGCCCCGCCCCGCCCCUGGGCUCAGGCCCCACCCCCGAGGCCCGGAGCGCCUUUGUGUACAUACAUGUUAAUGAUUUUUACAGUUAUUUGUAACUCCUCCCACACAUCUUAUUUAUUCCUCCAAUUUCAAUAAAUUAUUUUUACCCUA